AUGAAUAAUUUAAUGGAUACAAUAAAACAAAAAAUGCAAAUAGGAACUAAAUUAUAUAAUAAGACCUCGGACGCCGGAACACCAAUACGAUCGUCAAAACUAAACAAUCUUGAUAUGGGUAUGAAUGAUGGGAUUAUUGACGAAGAAUCUAUGACUCCUCGAGGAUUUGAUAAAACAAAAAAAAGCAUGGGUGUAGCAAAUUAUACUACUACCAUGAAAGAAACUACAGCGAAUCAAAAUAAUGGACGAAAUCGAGAUCAAGAAAAUAGAUAUAGUAGUGAUGAAGACAAAUCCAAUGAAGUGAUAAAUAGGGAUUCAAAAGAUGAUGAUGAAAUGUCUAACAAUAUGACAGAGUCGGAAUUUAUGAAUAAUAUCAAUUUAAAUAAAAAAAGAGAAAGAAAUGAAUAUUCACAAAAAGGAAAUAGUAAUAAUAUAAACAAUUCACGUGAAAAUUUAAAUAAUAAUUUUGAUUAUAAUAAUAAAAUGAAUGGUGAAAUAGAAAAUAAUACAUCUUCAUUUAUGAGCAAUGGGUGGGGAACUCCUAAAAAAAGUAAUGUAGGUCAUAAUUAUUAUUCUGGAAUUGAUAAUCCUUCGACUUUAAAAAAAUAUAAAACUCCAUCUGAAAUGGAUAUGUUAAACCCUGAUGGAAGUUUAAUAGGAAAUAAAUGUAUAACUAUAAAUAAUUAUGUAAACCCACCAAAAUUUGUAUCCCAAACAUUUACUCCUACUAAAUUUCCAUUAUCAGGCGAAAAAAAUCCUGAUAUAAGUUAUGAAGAUUUUAGAGGUUUUUUUAAAAAUAAUGCUUGUAUAAUAAGUGAGCAUGAAUUUAAUAGUAAAAAAGCAAAACACAAAAUUGGUGAUAAUGAUAGAAAAUAUUUUGAAAAGUUUAACGUAGUUUGUGAAACAAAUUUAUGGCCCAAUAAAAGAGGCGUUUCACAAUCAGUUAAUAAAAAUGCCCCAAGUAUUACUACCAAUACUACAACAAUGGGAAAUUCAAAUGAUAGUAGCAUUUCGAUUCGUAGUAGCAACCAUCGCAGUAGUGAAAGAAAUUUAACAUAUAGCAACACUUAUGGGAAUUAUGGUAACAGUUCUUUUUUAAAUAAUUACAAAGAAUCUCCAAAAUCCAAAAAACGAAAAGGCGAUGGUAGUCCAAAGCUUAGUACAAAAAAAUUGUUAAGUGCGUUGUCGGGAAAUGAUACAAAAAAAAAAGACCAUAGUAAUGGUAGUCCUAUUAGAAAUUAUAAAAAAUCUAAAACCCAAGGUAAUGAAAAAGAAGACAGUGAAUAUGAUACUGACGGAAAUAAACAAAAUAAAUUUAAUUUUAUAGAUUAUGAAUUAAAUCCAGUUUUAAAAACUGAAAAAGAUACAAAUAAAACAAAUGAUUGUAUUAUAAUGGAAACAUUAUGUAAACAUAAACAAAAUCCAAUAACAACUAUUUAUGAACCAUAUUCAAAAGAUUUAGAUGAUAUAUUUAAUAAAAAUGUAAUAAAAACACCUAUUACUUUAUUAAAUUUGUAUCAAUAUUUAUUAAUUAUUAUAUCUAGACGUAAUAAAAAAAAUCAACCAGUUUUUUAUCGAUUGAUAAAACAAGAAAUUGCCAAUUUAAAUCCAUCUUGCGUAUUUACUGAAGACAUGUUAAAACAAUUAGCUUGGAUUGCUCCAAAUUUAAUUCAAUUAAAUAAAGUAGUUAUAACAAAAGAAAUUUAUGAAGCUAAUCUUGAAAUAUAUACAGAUUAUGUUACUGGACGAAAAGUCGAAGAUAUACAAAUAAGGGAACAUACAGAAAAAUGUGAAAAUAUAUAUGAAUAUACAUCAUCUGAUAAAUUAGAAAUGCUAAAAAGAAUAAUUAUUAAUUGGGCAAAUAUUAAGCAUACAGAAUUAUUAAAAAAAAUUAAUCCAGACUUUUACUUUCCUAAAUAUUCAGAAUUAAAAAAAUGGCAUUCACUUUUUAAUUUUAAUCAAAUUAUUUUUCCAUCUGUCAUUUUGGAAGAAAAUAAAAUUUUAGCUCAAUUAGCUCGAACACCCCAAGAAAGCAAUGCAGACGAUUUUAUUGUCAUACAAGAUAGUCCAAUAAAAUGUGCAACCAUUGAUUUAAAAAAAAAUAAAAGUUUUAUUAACGAAAUGGAAAAGGAAAAAACUCGAACUCCAUUAGGAAGAAAUAAAAGAAAAUCAAAUUUUUUAUUCAACACAAACAAUAGCAAUUCUUCUAAUUCAUUUGCUUCACAAGGGUCUCCAAAAAAAAGAGAAACAGAUAAUAUGAAGCAAAUACGUGAAGAGGCCCAUAAAAAAAAGAUUAUAAAAUUAAUUAAGGACGAAUUUGAUAAAGAAUAUGAAUUGUUAGUUACUGAAAAAAAAAAAUUCGAAAAUGCAAAAUGGAUAGCAGAAAUUAUUCAUGAUCAAUUUAUAGUCGAGGGAACAUGCACUGUAAUCGAAUUAAAAACUUUUGCUAAAAAAGUUGCAGAUAAAUAUAAAAGUAAUAAGGAUUUCAAAAUGGAUGAACACGUAAUAACAGAAUUAAUAGAAAUAUUACCAGAAUACGUUACAGAUAUUCAUGUAAAACCAUGUUUUGCUGUUAAAGAUAACAUGAACCUAUCAGUAAAGACAAAAAAAAACCUUUUCAAUUUCUUGCAACCUUUAUCUAACAAAAUUGAAGAUAUUUCAAACAAAUAUGAGCAAGCAAAAAACAAUAAAGAAAAUAGAUUAAAUGAUUUGUGGAAAAAACACAAUGUUAAUUUUGAAAUUACAGAAAAUAUUAAAAAAUAUUUCUUUACACCUGGAUCUAUUGCUUUGUCUAAUUUAUAA